AUGCGCAUCACCCACGACCAAGCCGUUUGCAAUGUGGUCAAAAACGGGAAGCAUGUUGCGCUCAGUGAUCAGUAUCGACGCCAACCGCGUUUCUGUGAGCACUCUAAAGACCUCUCACCGGCAGAGAGGGUGAACUGGGUUAUCCAAGUCGCCAAGAAGCAGAGAUGUGGGAAGGUCACCUAUAGCUGCCUGGAAAAACUGGUCGCAAGCUUCACGAUCUUUUUGUGCCAAGUUGCCAUCCUCCAUGGCUGA